UCUCUCUCUCUCUCUCUCUCUCUCUCUCUCUCUCUCUCUCUCAAAAAGCUGCUAUCUUUCUCUCUCUACUCGUCAAUGGUGAAUCAUUACUGUUGCUGACCUUUGUCUUCAAAAGCUGAGUAAAUCUACACAUACAACCCUCCUCAACUCCCUGGGUUGAUCUGAAGAUAAUCUUGCUGGAAUUCUGUUAAUUCUGUUGAAUAGUUGAAAAAAAAAAAUCUCUGAUCUACUUUAGCUACAGUUAUUGCACAUUUGCACUUGUUUCUUUUUGUGAUUUGAAUUUGAUGUUGUGAUUGGUAGUUAACUUGUAUGUUAUGAACUUAUGAUAAGUUUCUGCUUUAUUAAGUUUGUAAAAUUGUAACAAAAUGGAUGUGAGAAUCCCCUGGUGGUUAUAUAAGCUGCAAAUAUUUUCGGGCCAUAGACCGCCGCGCAAUUGGUUACUUCUAUGUGUUGUUAGUGUUUUUGUGCUUGUCGCGUUGUUAAGUUCGUCUUCUUCUGGUCCGUUCAACACGCAAACGACUAGCGUAACACGUGAAGUGUAUACAAACUAUAGAAGAUUAAAGGAGCAUACGGCAAGUGAUUAUAUCGAGUUAAAAAGUUUUUCGUCUGGAAAUAAUGAUUUGAAGGGAUUUAGGUUUUGUGGAAAGGAAAGGGAGGACUAUGUUCCUUGCUAUAAUGUGUCUGCGAACGUGUUAGCUGGGUAUAAAGACGGUGAGGAGUUUGACCGGCAUUGUGAAGUGUUACAAGACCAACCGUACUGUUUGGUUCGUCCGCCAAGGGAUUAUAAAACGCCCUUGAGUUGGCCGGUUGGGAGAGAUGUGAUAUGGAAUGCAAAUGUGAAGAUAUCUAAGGAUCAGUUUCUUUCUUCUGGAAGCAUGACAAAAAGGUUAAUGCUGCUGGAAGAGAACCAAAUUUCUUUCCACUCGGAUGACGAGUUGAUCUUUGAUGGUGUCAAAGAUCAUUCGCGCCAAGUUGCAGAGAUGAUAGGAUUAGGAAGUGAUGCAGAAUUUUGGCAAGCUGGUGUGCGCACGGUGCUUGAUAUUGGUUGUGGUUUUGGCAGCUUUGGGGCGCAUUUGCUAUCUUUGAAACUAAUGGCUGUAUGUAUGGCUGCGUAUGAGUUAACCGGUAGUCAAGUUCAGUUAUCUCUUGAAAGAGGCCUUCCAGCAAUUAUUGGCAACUUCAUUUCAAGAAAACUUCCAUUUCCAUCGUUGUCAUACGAUAUGAUUCAUUGUGCACAAUGUGGUGUUUCAUGGGACCAAAAAGAUGGAAUGUUUCUUAUUGAAGUUAACCGGAUACUAAAGCCAGGCGGCUACUUUGUAUUACAUGGGACUUCAAUAAGCACCGAAAAAGGAAGAUUGAUUGAAGAAUUAAAGCACAAAAUUUGUUGGACUUUGAUUGGUCGACAAGAAGAAACGUUCGUCUGGCAGAAAACUAUUGAUCCCCAAUGCUACUUAUCUAGCACACAGGGUGUCAUUCCUGUUUGUAGAGAAGAACAAGAGGAUACUCACUCGUAUUAUCAGCCACUUGCAUCAUGUGUAGCUGUGACAGCCAGCGAACGUUGGGUUCCCGUUCAGAACAAAUCUUCUGAUUCCCAUAUUACCCCUGCUGAGCUGGAAAUUCAUGGAGUUCAGCAGGAUGAAUUCUAUGAAGACUUUGAAUCUUCAAAAUCGGCUUUAAGAAAUUACUGGUCGUUACUUACACCGUUGAUUUUUUCUGAUCACCCAAAAAGACCCGGGGAUGAAGAUCCGUUACCUCCGUAUAAUAUGAUAAGAAAUGUAAUGGACAUGAAUGCGCGUUUUGGGGGAUUGAAUUCGGCGUUUUUGGAAGCAGGAAAAUCAGCAUGGGUGAUGAAUGUAGUGCCGUUUAAGGCUCGUAACACGAUCCCUCUUAUACUUGAUCAAGGUUUUAUUGGUGUUCUGCAUGACUGGUGUGAACCAUUUCCCACUUAUCCAAGGACAUAUGACAUGUUACAUGCCAAUGGGCUCCUCUCACACCUUAUAUCAGAGGGAUGCAGCAUCACAAACUUACUUCUAGAAAUGGACCGUAUUCUACGCCCCGAGGGAUGGGUUGUUCUUUCGGAUAAACUAGGGCCCAUAGAAGACGCGCGUGUGAUUACCACACAAAUACGAUGGGAGGCAAGGGUAAUCGAUCUUGAAAAUGAUAGCGACCAAAGGUUACUGGUUUGCCAAAAACCAUUUGUAAGAAAAUGAUUACUACAAAAGUUUAAACUUCACCUGGACCAUUCUUCUGUAUAGAAUCCAAUGAUGUGUUACACAGGCUCAAGUUGGUAUCUUGAGAUUGAAAAACAGAAGCAAUUGUAAGCAGUAGAUUACAGAAAGUUUUGCUACCACAUAUCUUCAGAUUUUUUUUUCUAUUUUCUUUAUUAUUAUUAUUUUUGUUCAUUAAUUGUUGUAAUUGUAACUGCCCUGUAACAAAGUUUGCUUAAUAUGUGUUACUACAAGAUUUACUCUCAUUUCAUGUUCAAUAUGUAAUCCCUAAA